AUGAGCGAUACUGUCAUUCGAGAGGUCGCGAAAGAUGUCUGGAUCUUCUCCAGACCUUUUGCCCGACUCGGAAUAUUUCCGAUGGGAGGGCGAUCCACUGCCAUUAAAUUGCGACAGGGAGGCGUUUGGGUACUCGCAUCGACCCCGCUGACAGAGGAUACGCGCAAUAAAAUAGAUGAAUUGGGCGAAGUCAAAUACAUCGUAGGCGCCGAUGCUGUUCACCACAUCUUCCUCGGAGAGUUUAAGAGGGCUUACCCCAGCGCCAAGUUAAUUGGUGUUGAAGCUGCCAUACCGAAUAUGAGCGACAAGAGCCUCCCUUUUGACGGUUUGUGGGGCCGUGACCCUCCCAACACAAACUAUGGCUUUGAGGACGAGAUCAAACAUUGCUAUUUUUCAGGUUUUAGGAAUAAAGAUGUGGCUUUUCUGCAUAUGCCGUCAAAGUCGCUUAUUGAAGCAGACUUACUCCUGAAUCUACCAGCUAAUGAACAAUAUUCAAAAUCGACCUCUGCGGCCCAUGGCACCGUCAAGCCUGAUUCAUGGUUCCACAGGGCCAUUAUUAAGGGCACAACAGUCGACGCUGAAGCUAUGCGCCGUGACGCAACCACAGUCGCCAAUUGGGAUUUCGACCGCAUCAUUCCUUGCCACGGGGAUGUGAUCGAGACCAACGGUAAUCAGAUGUGGAGAGCCUUGUACAAGGCAUUUAUCAACUGA